AGCUGCGGCCGGACGCGCCUCUGGCCGGAGCUUCCCCGGACCCUCGGCGGCGCACCCUGACAGGAGAAGCCGGCCAUGCAGGAGCCGCUGCUGGGAGCCGAGGGCCCGGACUAUGACACCUUCGCCGAGAAGCCGCCCCCGUCACCAGGGGAGAGGACGCGGGUCGGGGCCCUGCAGAACAAGAGGGUGUUCCUAGCUACCUUCGCUGCUGUGCUGGGCAAUUUCAGCUUCGGGUAUGCCCUGGUCUACACGUCCCCUGUCAUCCCAGCCCUGGAGCGCUCCUUGGAUCCAAACCUGAGUCUGACCAAAACCCAGGCAUCCUGGUUCGGGUCCGUGUUCACCUUGGGUGCGGCGGCCGGGGGCCUCAGUGCCAUGGUGCUCAACGACCUCCUGGGCCGGAAGCUCAGCAUCAUGUUCUCGGCUGUACCCUCGGCUGCUGGCUAUGCGCUCAUGGCAGGUGCCCACGGCCUCUGGAUGUUGCUCCUGGGGAGGACGCUGACGGGCUUCGCUGGGGGACUCACAGCUGCCUGCAUCCCGGUGUACGUGUCUGAGAUUGCUCCCGCAGGCGUCCGUGGGGCCCUGGGCGCCACACCCCAGCUCAUGGCCGUGUUUGGAUCACUGUCCCUCUAUGCCCUUGGCCUGCUGCUGCCGUGGCGCUGGCUGGCCGUGGCCGGGGAGGGGCCUGUGCUUGUCAUGAUCCUGCUGCUCAGCUUCAUGCCCAACUCACCUCGCUUCCUGCUCUCGAGGGGCAGGGACUCGGAGGCGCUGCAGGCACUGGCCUGGCUGCGAGGGGCUGACGCUGACAUCCGCUGGGAGUUCGAGCAGAUCCAGGACAACGUCCGGAGACAGAGCAGCCACCUGUCGUGGGCCGAGGCCCGGGACCCCCACAUGUACCGCCCCAUCGUCAUCGCCUUGCUGAUGCGCUUCCUGCAGCAACUGACGGGCAUCACGCCCAUCCUCGUCUACCUGCAGUCCAUCUUCGACAGCACUGCCGUCCUGCUGCCCCCUGAGGACGACGCCGCCAUCGUGGGAGCCGUGCGGCUCCUGUCCGUGCUGAUCGCCGCCCUCACCAUGGACCUGGCCGGACGCAAGGCUCUGCUCUUUGUCUCAGCGGCCAGCAUGUUUGCUGCCAACCUGACACUAGGGCUGUACGUCCAUUUCGGUCCAAAGCCUCUGACCCCCAACGGCACCAUGGGCCUGGAGAGUGUGCCCCUGGGAGGCACAGAGCAGCCCCUGGCCACGCCCACCAACUACCUCACCCUGGUGCCCCUGCUGGCCACCAUGCUCUUCAUCAUGGGCUACGCCAUGGGCUGGGGGCCCAUCACCUGGCUCCUCAUGUCCGAGAUCCUGCCGCUGCGGGCGCGCGGCGUGGCCUCGGGGCUCUGCGUGCUGGUCAGCUGGCUCACCGCCUUUGCCCUCACCAAGUCCUUCCUGCUGGUGGUGAAUGCCUUCGGCCUGCAGGUGCCUUUCUUCUUCUUUGCUGCCGUGUGCUCCGUGAACCUGGCCUUCACCGGCUGCUGUGUGCCCGAGACCAAGGGCCGGUCUCUGGAGCAGAUCGAGUCCUUCUUCCGCAGCGGGAGGAGGUCCUUCCUACGCUAGGGCGGGGCCUCCGCCGCUGAGGGCCAAACCACUGGGUGGUGGAGCGUGUCGGGGCCCCAAACCUGCACCCCGCGUCCAGGAGGCGGUGUCAGCCCGCCGCCAGCCAGGGCACAGGAGGACCGGCCAGAGGCCUCACGGCACAGCACACACACCGGCUCUGGGCAGGCAGCACCCUGUCCAGCCUCGGCCCUGGCUCAGGUGGCCCCAGUGUCACCCACUCAUCGGCCAGACCCACCGACGGAGGGGGCAGCCACAUGGCCCCGGGGCCAAGGCCUUGUUGGGCGACCUCGGGCCUAGUGCUCACUCACGCGGGGAGGGCCACGCCGAGGACACACAGGGCCGCUGGCGGUGCAGCGGCUCCGCACAGGGACGUCGGCCCUCCUCCUGCUCUGAUCACCUGGCGGCCAUUGAGCCUCUUGGCUUUGGGGACCAAGACAGGAAACUGGGCCUGUGAGGCCUAUGGACACCACAGGGACCGUCCUGGACCCCCAAAGGCCAGGACCCAGCGUGGACACUCCCUCCUACACCCACCCGCCUUCUGGGAACAGGAAGUGCUCGAGCUCAAGCCGCGUUCACCCUAUUUAUACAAAUAAAUCGGGCCACGGCCCAGGAGAGGAA